GACUAUGCUUUCGUUAGUGGUGAGCGUGGUCUGAUAAACGACGUAAAGUAGCUGUGUAAUGAUCAUAGGUUGUAAGUAAGGAUUAACGUGUUUUUUUAAGUAUUGCCUAGGACAACUUACGGUUCAUAAACUCUUAUAAUGACAAUCGAAGAUAUUUCGAAGUUUUUAAAUACACACAAUGGCAGAGAUAAAGUUAUAAGAACGCUGUCAUAUACCACAAAAUUAGCAGCAUCAUUAGUAUCGUCCAAAGAAACCGUACGUAAAUUAGAAACUAUCAGCGGCCAACUUAGUGCUUGCAGGACUGUUCUUCGUUUGUUUGACGAUAUACCAAUGCUGAAUUAUACAUUGACAUAUGGAUGGGGAAAAGAGGAGCCUGACAAGUUAUCGAGAGUUAUCGGAGUUCUUACGAAUAUAGCUGAUCAACUGUAUUUUCCGUUAGAACAUGUUGCCUGGGCAUCUGACCACAAGCUGGUCUCAACUCGUAGCGCGCCUUGGUGGACUGCCUGUACGGCUUGUUGGAGUCUUUCACUGUAUCUGAGUCUUGCAAAGGCCUUGAGAUGCAUGUGUGUGCUGCAACAGCAUAAAAGUUGUCUAAAAGGCAUUGAUACUGACGUCAACAGUGUUGUAACAAGACAACUACUAGCCCAGCAGCGCCAUCAGUUGUUAAUUGCUCUUCGCUGCAUUGGUGACUUGGCUCAGGCUGUCAACUGGCUACCAGAUGGAUUUCUGUGGGCAGGGAAAUUGGAGAAAUGGCACUGUGGGGUACUGGGCACUGUUACCUCAAUCAUAAGUCUGUAUCAGGCAUAUCAGAAAAUAAUAAUAGACCAAAAGUCAAAGUAGACACCAUUGUUGAUCUUUCCAUGGAAGAAAAAUAACUUAUUUUGUCACACAUGCAUGGACAUCAUGUAGGAUUUCAACACUGAUUUAAUAUUGACUUCAGAAUUUGUCUACCAUCCAUUGAUUUUCAGUGAACUGAAAAUGAAUGUUGAAGUAAUUUAAAGACAUAUACACGAAAGUUGAAUUUGCCUGUUGAACUUGCCUAAAAUGUAGCUACUAUUGAUUUAUGCUCAUAUUUCACCUGUGGAGCAUCCUUUACCACUGUCCAACAGUAUUUGCCUAACAUACUGGGGCUCCACUUGCCCUGGUAUUGCUUCUCUAUCAUGGAUAUUUCUUGACAACUGCAAUCUGCAUGCUAAGCACUGACAACAUGCAAGUUUUUCAGGAGGAAGUUAGAUAUGAAAGAAAAAAAUGAAUUUUUAAUUUAAUUUAAUGCUAGAAAGUUAAUAGAAUUUUCCGUCCAGUGCGGCA